AACUAAUUUCGCCCACUCAUAGUGCAUCCCUAUCUGUUUUGGAAAAGCCAAGAGAUCAUUCUAUUUCACACCACUCUCUCUUAUUGUUUUUAGUCUCCCCCACCACUCUCUGUAUCUGACACACUCGGACACAGGGCCAUAUUCCAGUUGAAGGAGCUCCUGUCUUGGUCCUUCUUCAGUGAGGAGCAAACAUGGCACAGAUUCUGGCACCGUCUAUACAAUGGCAGAUGAAGAUCACUAAAAGCUCUCACAAAGCAAGUCCCAUUACAUCAAACAUGUGGGGUUCUUUGCUGGUGAGACAUGAUAAGAAAGGAGCACCUACCAACUCCGCCAAGUUCAGAGCUCUGGCGAUCAAGGCUGAAAGUGGCGUCGUUAACAGGAUAGAGAAGUUACUUAACAUGGACAUCACUCCAUACACUGAUAAGAUAAUUGCUGAGUACAUUUGGGUUGGAGGGACAGGAAUUGAUGUGCGCAGCAAAUCAAGGACAAUACCAAAGCCCGUUGAGCAUCCCUCUGAGCUUCCUAAGUGGAACUAUGAUGGAUCUAGCACUGGACAAGCACCAGGUGAAGACAGUGAAGUAAUCCUAUAUCCUCAAGCAAUUUUUAAAGAUCCCUUCCGCGGUGGAAACAACAUUUUGGUAAUUUGUGAUUCUUAUACACCAGCUGGAGAGCCUAUCCCAACAAACAAACGACACAGAGCUGCUGAAAUCCUUAGUAACCCAAAGGUCAUAGCCGAAGUUCCAUGGUAUGGAAUAGAACAAGAGUACACCUUACUUCAAUCAAAUGUGAAAUGGCCUUUGGGUUGGCCAGUUGGAGCUUAUCCUGGUCCUCAGGGUCCUUAUUACUGCAGUGCGGGGGCAGACAAGUCUUUUGGCCGUGAUAUAUCAGAUGCUCAUUACAAGGCUUGCCUAUAUGCUGGAAUUAACAUCAGUGGAACCAAUGGGGAAGUUAUGCCUGGGCAGUGGGAGUAUCAAGUUGGUCCUAGUGUAGGGAUUGAAGCUGGCGAUCAUAUCUGGUGUUCAAGGUACAUCCUUGAGAGAAUUACUGAACAAGCUGGUGUUGUCCUCACACUUGAUCCAAAACCAAUUGAGGGUGACUGGAAUGGUGCUGGAUGCCACACUAAUUUCAGUACCAAGAGCAUGAGGGAAGAUGGAGGCUAUGAGGUAAUAAAGAAGGCAAUUUUAAACCUCUCACUUCGCCACCUGGAGCACAUAAGUGCUUAUGGAGAAGGGAAUGAGAGAAGGUUAACAGGAAAGCAUGAGACAGCCAGCAUUGACACAUUUUCUUGGGGAGUGGCUAAUCGUGGUUGCUCUAUACGCGUGGGUAGAGACACAGAGCAGAAAGGAAAAGGCUACUUGGAAGACCGACGUCCCGCUUCAAACAUGGACCCAUAUGUUGUGACCUCAUUACUGGCAGAAACUACAUUGUUGUGGGAACCAACACUGGAGGCUGAAGCUCUUGCGGCUCAGAAGUUGUCACUGAAGGUCUAGCUUGUUUGACUGGUGGUAUUCUGGGUUGAGAGAGUCUCUUGGUGUUAUUUCGGGUGGGUUCUGGAAAGCUCUUCCACUUUCAUCUUUGUUCAGACUCUAGAAAAGAUCUUGUCUAGACAGAAGUUAAGAGUUGAGGGGCUGCAAUUCUAGUUUAUGAGUUUGUCGGGCGAGACCCCUAUUAUAUAGAUCAGAAAUAUCCUUGGCUGUACUAGUUUCUGGUUAAAUUUUCAUCGAUGAUUAUAUUCAAGUCUAAGACCUCAUCAAUAAGCAGCCAUGUUAUUAGCCCUUUUCAUUCUGUUUUGAUUAUUACUGAUGUGUUGCUUCCCUUUCUAUCCUUAUACAUACAAUAGGAGUGCCUUUUGCUUAUA